GACUGAUGGGCAGUGAAUCGCUGACUGUGCUGGGAAUUUAACCAUUUUGCAUUGUUUCACUUCUGUUCAAUGUGAAUACCAAGUCGUGCUUUACGGUAAAUAGAAUUGAUGCUCAAGCUGAAGUGAAAGUCCCGCGGGGGUUUCAGUGCAGUCAUGUGACUUCUGCUCCUCGAGUAUCAAAGCAGCCACACGGCAGAUUGAGAGACAGAAGCAGACAGAGGAGAAUAGAGAGAGAGAGGAUGACAAUGAGCUCAGUGAUGUUAAUCAAAAAACUGCUGAGGAAAAGCAGUCGAGCAACGUGUGUGGCCAGAGAGGGACAAAGAUCUACAGCAAUGAUGACUCAGAUAAAACACAAGACACACUACUCUGAAAGGCAAAAUGUGUCAAUAUCAAAGAAAGACAACGAGGCAUUUGGAUUUAAUAUAAGGACGUAUGAGAAAAACACUACUGACUCUGAGCUGUUCACAUGUGUGUGCUCAGUUAAGGAGAACAGUCCUGCAGAGAAUGCAGGUUUAAGGACAGGUGACAUCAUUAUUAGUGUCAACAGCAUUUGUGUAGAAGGUUUGCAACAUGAGCAAAUUGUUGACCUCGUUCAGAAAGGCUCCUGCUUACUAAAGAUGGAGGUUGUGAGGGGAACCUCAGUGAAACAAAAGGAACUACAAAUUAAAUUGGAGCAAUUACAGAGGCAUCUCAGAGAGAAGAGGGUGGAGCUGCAGAUGCUUAUCACGCAGGAAGAGCGUCUGAGAGGAGGUGAGCUACGCUGCACACAGCCUCGGUCCUGCCUCGCCUUGGAGAAUUCAACGCUCUCUUCCUGUCUUGUUCUUCAAACCUAGAACCCUAAGAGGACAUUAUCCCUCUGAAGCAUGUGCCUCGGGACUGUGAUCUCUUGCUUGUGGUCUCUGUGCUGGAGUACAGAGUACAGAGUACUAACUUGCAGUCAGACUGGAGCUUUAAAAGCUGCACUAUUUUCAGGGCUGCUGUCAUAGAAAACUAAUCAACACCUUUUGACCAAUCAUAUUUGAGCGUUCAGCAGUGCUGUGGUAUAAUAAACUGUAUUACAUUACAAGGCAGUAUUUUCAUAUCUUUUCGUAUCUCAGAAAACCUGCAAAACAAUGGCUUUAUAUUUUGAACUAUUAUUUAACUUAUUGAACUAUUUUACUAUUUUACUAUAAAUAAAUAUGUUGUGUUUUUUUUCGUGUUUAAUUGUAUUUAUAUACUUCUAUUUAUACAUUUAUUUAUGUGUAAGACAUUCAUACUGUACAUAAGAGUUAUAAAUAAACGUAUGACAUGUUUCGGUAGCAGCCUUUCGUGUUAUUUGCAUAUUUAUCACAA